AUGCCGGAGUAUUACACGGCAUUCGACAGCAACGGCGUCUUCAUCAGCCCAAAGCAUUACCACCACGUGGUGGUGUUCGUGAUCGUGGCCGUGAGCGGGUUCGUGGACCUGGCCGUGAGUCGCAAGAUCGUCUUCCCGGAGUCCAUCUCGAACCUCUUCAUGGCGUGCUUCCUAUUCUCCUACUGGUGGAUCAUGGAGAUGCAUAACGACAACAACAUGAGCGAGGGGGUGUUCGCCGUGGCCAUGCACAUUGGAACGGGAGAGGACCUGCUGCUGAUGGCAAUCGCCGUCAUUCUGGAGGUGCUGCACCCUCAGAGCCUGACGAUCGCCCUCCUCCGACCCAUCAUCGCAUUGCACCAGGCCGCGCUGUUCUGGACCAUGACAUGCACGCUCUACGCGCCCUGCCUCAACUGGGAUGACAGGCACAUCUCGAUCUAUUAUGGCUCCUACAUCGGGUGGUUCGUGGUGGUGACCACCCUCGUCUUGGCCGGCGUUAUAUGGGUCAACCGAACUUUGCGCUAUGCUCUAUGCCUGAGUGAAAAAAUACGUACGUCGCACGUGAAUGCCUUCAGUGCCACAAAGUCUGACUAUCAUUAUUCAGAAGUGAAUCCCGGACCUGCUACAACGACAAACCUCUAGUGAUUUUGCCCACAAUAUUCCUAGACUUGGCUGUUUGUUUCUUCAUGUUUUACCUCAUUCUUGUCUGGGUGAGGUUUCGAGAGAUCCACCAGUACAACUCCUGUCUUCUUUGUCUGUGAAGCAACUAUCUGAACUUUUCUCCAAUUUGUUUGCGAAUAUACAUAUUGUCACGAUAUUCAUUGAAAUAGUCAGUAGAUGCAGGCGUGCACAUCCAAAUUUCUGCCGUGACCGUCGAGGGGCCGAAUGGGAACUUUCUUUCUCGUCGAGGUUCGACGAGAGGACGAAUGACGAAAUUCGAGACAACGAAUUCUGCCUUGCUUGACUGAACUGAGAUGAAAUGUUUAGAAUCCAAAAUGCGUGGAAAAGAACACGAAGACCAAGAAAUUACAAGGCACAGACCCCACAGAGCCUGCGAAAUGGCUGUGGGAUUGAAGGUCACUGCCGGCUACUCGAUUCCUCCCUUUUCGCUCGUCUUGUGUCUCGGAUGAUCAGAUCAGAUCAGGUCAGAUCCUCGGACAAAUUUGGCACU